UUCCUUUUUUUUUUUUUUUUAGCUUAGAACCCAAAGAAGGAGAAAAAGGAAGAGAAACAAAUAGGAAACGAAACGGCCGAAUCUUCACAAAUUCCUUUAUCUCAUUUACAAACCAAAAAAAAAAAGGCUCAAUCGCCGCCCUAAGCUCCCGGCGACACUCGGUGUAGAUCUCGACAGCAGUGACGCCCCGAUUUCUUCGUCUCCGGCGAUUCCGAAAAGUUCUGAUUGAUCCGAUAUAAAUGUAUUGUGAUUGAAGAGAUUUGGCGAUUGAGGAGGUGAACGCAGCGGAACAAACGAGGAAGAGAGAGAGAGAGAGAGAGAGAGAGAUGGAUGAUAGGGGAGGCUCGUUCGUAGCAGUGAGGCGGAUUUCACAAGGUCUAGAACGGGGAAGCGUUUAUCAUUCUUCUUCUGCUGAAGUUGUUGCUGGAUCGGCUGCAUGGUUAGGCCGCGGCCUUUCCUGUGUUUGUGCUCAGGGAAGAGAUAGUGAUGCCCGUCCUUCAUUUGAUCUAACACCUGCUCAGGAGGAAUGCCUGCAGAGGUUGCAGAACCGCAUUGAUGUUGCCUAUGAAAGCUCAAUACCUCAGCAUCAGGAAGCUCUGAAGGAUCUUUGGAAACUUGCCUUCCCUGAAGAAGAGCUACACGGAAUUGUAUCUGAACAGUGGAAACAAAUGGGUUGGCAGGGAAAAGAUCCAUCAACAGAUUUUAGAGGUGGUGGUUUCAUAUCUCUUGAAAACUUGUUGUACUUCGCUAGGAAAUUCCCGAAAUCCUUCCAGGACCUUUUGUGGAAACAGGUAGGGGAUCGUUCUGUGUGGGAAUACCCCUUUGCUGUCGCUGGCAUUAAUAUUACAUUCAUGCUCAUCCAGAUGCUUGACCUAGAAGCAGUGAAACCACGAAGUAUUGUUGGGGAAACAUUUCUGAGAUUCCUUUCAGUGAACGAAUCUGCGUUUGACCUUCUUUAUUGCAUUGCCUUCAAGCUGAUGGAUCAGCAGUGGCUUUCCAUGCGUGCGUCAUACAUGGAGUUUAAUACUGUAAUGAAAUCUACAAGGCGGCAACUGGAGAGAGAGAUUAUGAUUAAAGACAUUACACGUCUUGAAGAGUUGCCAUCAUACAGUCUUCUCAGUCAAUAGGAAAUAGCUUACUAAAGACUACCUUGUAAGUAAAAAAAUCUAACACCUCAAAAACACUAUAUCAAUGCCUAAAACAACAACUGAGCAAACAAGCACAACGAUGACAAGCCUAAAACAACAACUGAGCAAACAAGCAAAAAGAAGACAAGGCUUGUCUCUCUCUCCCUCUCUCGCUCUGUCUUUCUCUCUCUCAUCACUUCAUCUUCCUCCUGUUUUGGUUUCUGCGAUUUUUCCUCUAUAUUAGUGUUGGUUUCAAGAAAUAUGGGACAUUGGUUGUUAUUUCUUUGAGACCAGGUUUAGAUUUUGUUUUGUAUGGGGUCUGGUUUCUAACUUGUGGUGCUUGCAAAACGUUGUUGGUUCUUGUUUGGGCUAAUAAUCAUUUGGUAACAUUGUCAGUA